AUGUCGCAUUCGCGUCUUUGUUUACUCUCAGCACUCUUACUCUGUUGUGUCUUUGAAACAAGCUUCUUAACUAUAGAUGCUCUGCUUGUUACUGGUUUUUCUGCUUGUCGUCCCGAUCAGAUUGAAGCCCUCGUGCAAUUCAAGGAGGAGUUUGAUUCCCGUGGUUGCAACCACAACGACUAUGUCAAUGGUGUCCGGUGCAACAACGUUACGGGUGCGGUCAAGAAAUUACACCUCCCAAGUGGCUGUCUCAGUGGAACUCUGAAGCCUAACAGUAGCCUCUUCCGAUUGCAACAUCUCCGUUACCUCAACCUCUCUAACAACGACUUCACUUCAUCUCCACUCCCUUCCGCUUUCGGCAAUCUCAACAGACUAGAGGUUUUAUUUCUUUCCUCUAAUGGUUUCGUAGGUCAAGUUCCUUCCUCAUUUAGUAACCUAAGCCAACUUUCCCUUUUAGACCUAUCCUGGAACGAGCUCACUGGUGAUUUUCCACCACCUCUAGGCAAUCUAAGCAAGCUAACUCGACUAAGCCUUUCCGAUAAUGAUCUUGCUUACAACUACUUCACCACCUCCUCCUCUUCAUUCUUUUCCGGAUUCGAAAAACUAAAUAGAUUAGAGAUCUUGUUUCUUGCCUCUAAUGACUUCCGUGGCCAAAUACCUUCCUCCAUUAGUAACCUCACCCAACUUUCCAUUCUAGGUCUUGAUGAUAACAGGCUCACUGGUAGUAUCCUACCUCUACAGAAUCUAACCAAUCUCUCAGUGUUAGGGCUUGUCGAUAAUAACUUCACUGGACCCCUCCCUUCUUUCACUAUGCCUUUCAUGUCAUAUCUUGAUCUACGUGGAAACCAUUUCACCGGCCCCAUUGAAGUUUCAAACUCCUCUUUGUCUUCUUCUAGGCUAGAGCAUCUGCUCCUUGGGUAUAACCAAUUUGAAGGUCAGAUCCUAGACACUGUCUCAAAGCUUACCACCCUAAUAGAUAUCGACCUUUCUUUCCUAAACAUAAGCUACCCAAUUGACUUUAGAAUCUUCUCGUCUCUCAAAUCUUUGUUGAAGCUUGAUCUUUCAGGUAAUAGUAUAUCACCAGCUAGUUUAAGUUCAGAUUCAAACAUCCCACUGCCCCUAAGAUACUUAGUAUUGAGAGACUGCAACAUCGGACGGUUCCCAAAAUUAUUAAAUUCUCUCCAAGACUUGGAAGUAUUAGACAUUUCCAAGAAUAGAAUCAAAGGGAAGGUCCCUGAAUGGUUAUGGAAGAAUCUUCCUCGUCUCAGCUUCGUGAAGCUUGCUAAAAAUCUUUUCGAUGGAUUUGAAGGUUCAGCGGAAGUUUUAGUAAAUUCAUCAGUGAACAUAUUAGACUUGUUCUUAAACCGUUUUGAAGGAGCAAUGCCAAUUCUACCACUCUCUAUCAAAAUAUUGGGAGCACGGUACAAUCAUUUCACAGGAAACAUACCUCUUUCAAUAUGCAGCCGAAGCUCCUCUCUUGAGGUUCUUGAUCUAGCCUACAACAACGUCACCGGUGCAAUUCCUCAUUGUCUAAGCAACCUUCGGGUAGUGAAACUUCGAAAAAACAACUUGGAAGGAAGCCUUCCGGACAUGUUCUCAGUGGGUGCCACGUUGCGCACACUUGAUGUUGGCUACAACCAACUAACGGGGAAGCUUCCAAGAUCUCUUCUAAAUUGCUCCUUUAUCAAGUUCAUAAGUGUUGACAACAACAGAAUCGAAGACACGUUUCCUUUCUGGCUCAAGGCUUCACGAGAUUUGCAAGUUCUUACUCUCAGUUCAAAUAGAUUUUAUGGUCAUAUCUCUCCUCCAGAUCAAGGUCCCUUAGGGUUUCCUCAGCUACGAAUACUUGAGGUAUCGGAUAACAACUUCACUGGAAACUUGCCAGCAAACUACUUUGUGAACUGGAAAGCACCAUCACUCAAGACGAAUAUAUUUGGGAGGAUGUAUAUGACAGACUACGAGAAUGGUGACUUUGCUGAUGAAGACACGAUAGACUUGCGAUACAAAGGUCUACACAUGGAGCAACAGAUGGCCCUUACUUCCUACACAACCAUUGACUUUUCUGGAAACAAACUUGAAGGACAGAUUCCUGAAUCUGUUGGUCUCUUGAAGACACUUAUUGCACUCAACUUAUCCAACAACGCCUUCACAGGACACAUUCCUAUGUCUUUGUCAAAUGUUUCCAAGCUCGAGUCACUCGACCUUUCAAGAAACCAACUCACAGGGACUAUUCCUAAUGGACUCGGAAGCCUUUCGUUUUUGGCGUUCAUAGAUGUGUCUUAUAACCAACUCAAAGGUGAAAUACCACAAGGAACUCAAUUUAACGGGCAAGCUGAAUCAUCAUUUGAAGGGAAUGCAGGUCUCUGUGGUCUUCCUCUACAGGAGAGUUGCUUCCACCCAAGUGUGCCACCGAUGCAACACCCAAAUCAAGAAGAAGAAGAAGAAGAAGGAGUGGCUAUAGGAUAUGCUCCUGGAGUGUUGUUAGGAUUUGUGAUAGGUCAAGUCGUUGCUUCAUACAAACCAGAAUGGCUUGUCAAGAUAAUUGGUACAAACAUACUCAGAACCCGUUAG